AUGGCUGACGAAGAUCAUAAUAUGGCUGACAACAACAACAAAAACCCUCCUCCAUUAGAUGAAGAUGAUAUAGCGCUCCUUAAAACUUAUGAUUUGGGACCGUAUUCUUCAAUCAUAUCUGCAACUGAGAAAGAAUUGAAGGAGUUGUCUAAGAAGAUUGACAAAUCACGUGGUAUUAAGGAGUCUGAUACUGGUUUGGCUCCACCAAGCCAGUGGGAUCUUAAAGCUGAUGAAGCAAUGUUACAUGGCGAAAAACCACUUUUGGUUGCAAGGUGCACAAAGAUUAUCAACCCGAAUACUGAAGAUGCGCAAUACAUGAUUAAUGUGAAGCAAGUUGCAAAGUAUGUUGUUGGGCUGGAUGAGAAAUGCUCGCCAACUGAUAUUGAAGAAGGAAUGCGCGUUGGGGUUGACCCAGUUAAAUAUCAGAUUAAUAUUCCAUUACCACCAAGGAUUGAUCCAACUGUUACAAUGAUGACCGUAGAAGAAAAACCAGAUGUUACUUACAAUGAUGUUGGUGGAUGUAAAGACCAAAUUGAAAGGAUGCGAGAGGUUGUUGAGCUACCAAUGCUUCACCCGGAGAAAUUUGUGAAGCUUGGGAUUGAUCCUCCAAAGGGUAUCCUCUGCUAUGGUCCACCUGGUACUGGAAAAACACUACUUGCUAGAGCUGUGGCAAACCGAACUGAUGCAUGCUUCAUUCGUGUUAUUGGAAGUGAGCUUGUUCAGAAAUACAUUGGUGAGGGAGCUCGUAUGGUUCGGGAGAUUUUUCAGUUGGCCCGUUCAAAGAAGGCUUGUAUCCUGUUUUUUGACGAAGUAGAUGCCAUUGGGGGUGCGCGUUUUGAUGAUGGUGCUGGAGGAGAUAACGAAGUUCAACGUACAAUGCUUGAACUCAUAAACCAGCUUGAUGGAUUCGAUCCACGUGGAAACAUUAAAGUACUCAUGGCGACUAAUAGGCCUGACACUUUGGACCCUGCGCUACUGCGUCCUGGACGAUUGGAUCGUAAAGUUGAAUUUGGUUUACCUGAUCUGGAAAGCAGGACCCAGAUUUUUAAGAUCCACACUAGAAGCAUGAAUAUUGAGAGAGGUAUUAGGUUUGAGCUCCUGGCUCGGCUUACCCCAAAUUCCACUGGAGCGGACAUAAGGAGUGUAUGUACUGAGGCAGGAAUGUAUGCAAUUAGGGAAAGGAGAAAGACCAUUACUGAAAAGGAUUUCCUAAAUGCUGUUGAAAAGGUCAUCAAGGGGUACAAGAAGUUUAGUGCCACUGCAAAGUAUAUGGCCUACAACUAA